GCCGAUACGUUAACCUGAAUCCUGAUAUCUCAAGGGAACCUGAUAUCUAGAAUUUGAAGAAUAGCGGGUUUCACGUGACCGUGCACGUGACCUACAGGGAUUAGCUUUCAGGGUUCAAUUCUUUCCCUCGAAAUCUUGGCAAAGGAGUUGGAAUUUCGACUUAAAAUUCCCUUGAUCCCGUUUUCGAACAGCGGUACCCAUCAUUAUCAGCACUCUCUUUCGAAUUUUACCUCAAAAUGGCACGGCGGAUCUCUAGACCAUCUGGUACUACACAGCCGAAAGCUCCAAAGCAAAAAAGGACCAGCGCUGCACAAAAGCGAAGUUUGAAUGCCUUCUCGCUUGCCGGAGCCGAGGAGGCGGAAGACGUACGAAUUCCCGCACAUCGACUAGGCCAGCUUGAAGAUGAUGAGGCCCGGCACCCUAAGCGAAGACGUAUUGAGGACGAGGAAGAGGACGAUGAGUCUGAGAAAGAGCAAGCACGCAGGGAGCGCUAUGGUUCCAUUUCUGAGGGCGAGGAUAGCGAGGGCAAUACCUGGAAGAUGGGAUAUGUUAGCGCCGAUGAUGAUAGCGAAAUCGACAGCGACGAAGCCUUUGGCGAAAGCGAUGAAGAGCGAUUCGCCGAUUUUACUUUUCGAGCCAGCUCAAAGAACCGCAAGCGACCGCAAAAGAAGGCGAGAGACGAGAAGGACAUAAACCUGGACGAAGACGACGAGCAGAUGGGUUCCGAUAGCGACGACUCGAGCCUGGGCGAAGAUGCUGUCGACCUUGCGACUAUGCUUGACAACUACAAAGAGGGUUCCGACAGUGAGGACGACGAAUCUGCCGGUUCAGGGGACGAGGAGUCAGAAGGAUCGGACGACGCUUCUAGCGAAGACGAAGAUUCGGAUGCGGAAGAAGACGAGGACCAAGAUAAAGAGAAAAUCACUCAACUACACGAUCUCAUCUCGUCGAUGCAGCCUCAAGAGAUGUCCAAAUCAAAGCAAUCCCGUGGUGUGGAUCGAUACGAACAUCAACCCAUGUCGGCGUUCGGCAUCACCGCGAACAAGAAGCUGACUAUCGAUGAUUUGCUACCAACAAUUGCCGACCCCGCCAUGAGGAAGUCGCUGAAGAGCAUGGCAAAAGACAAACCUGCGAAAGGUGCAUUAGGAAAGCUCGAGGCCCCCCUUCCAAAGCGCAAGCAGGACCAUAUGGAUCGAGUCGCUGCAAACGAGAAGGCAAAAGAGACGCUGGACCGAUGGGUUGAAACCGUCAAACAGAACCGUCGUGCCGAACACCUCCAGUUCCCCCUGCGCGACCCCAACGCCUCUGAGCCAUUUGGAAAGACCAAGCUGCUCCCUGCGGACGCCACCACGCCUCUCAACGAUCUAGAAAGUACCGUGCAGAACAUUCUCCGCGAGAGCGGGCUAGUCUCAGCGGAUGGGAAGGCGGACGAAGAAGCAAUCAAGCACUUCGAAGAGCUGCAGGAGAAGAAAAUGUCCGUGGACGAGGUCCUCGCGGCGCGCGCGGAUCUACGAAGGCAACGCGAUUUGCUGUUCCGCGAGGAGAUCAAAGCGAAACGCCUCAAGAAGAUCAAGAGCAAAUCCUUCCGCCGCGUUCAUCGAAAAGACCGCGAGCGGGCUGCGCAGCAGGAGAAGGAUGCGCUGGCCGCUGCGGGCUUGUAUGACUCGGACGAGGAUCGGGACAAGAAUGAUCGCCGGCGGGCAGAGGAGCGGAUGGGUGCGAAGCACCGGGAGAGCAAGUGGGCGAAGGCGAUGAAGGAGAGUGGUCGGUCGGUUUGGGAUGAGGACGCAAGGGGAGGCAUCGUGGAGAUGGCCCGUCGCAAUGAAGAACUACGGAGAAGGAUCGAGGGCAAGACAAUCCAUGAUGAGGCGAGCGACAUCGGGUCCGAGUUUGAUGAUGACGAGGACGAUGACAGCGAUGAUGACGAAACCGCGAGGAAGAAGAUCAAUUCAACGCUAUCUAGACUACAGGACGCUGAUCGGGACGCUGGCUCGGGCUCGACACUCGGCUCGCUAAAGUUUAUGCAAAGAGCCGAGGCGGCAAAGAAGGCCGAGAACGACGCGGCGAUCGCGGAGCUUCGCAAAGAGUUGGACGGGGAUUCCGGCAGCUCGGACAGCGAUGCGGAAGCUGGUCCGUCCGCUGGGCGCAUGAAGUUCGGGCCUGCAUCAGAGAUCGCUCCUGGGGUCAUUUUGAAAAGUCAACGCAACGAGUUCGAGGAGCCGGACGCUUCGGAUCAGGAGAAGGAGCAAGGCCAGACUGACGACGUAGUCGUCACUGAAAAACGCCAAAAGAAGGGUAGCCGUGCUCAGCCACUCAGAAACGCGGCGAAGGAGAAGCCCGAAAAGCAUGACUACGUCGAACUGGUCGUGGAGGACAAUCCAUGGGCUCCAACCGUGGCUCCGGGCAAGGGCAAGAAAUCGAAAUCAACGUCUUCCGCUGAGAAGAUGGGACCGUCCACCGAUGUCCUCUUGCCUACUCCGAACGGAUCCAAACCCAAAGCGACAGCAAACGGCGCGCGACCUACCAGAACCAAAGAGGCGGUCGAUAUCCGCCUGACUGAAGAUGCGAACGAAUCCGACUCCUCAGACGACGGCCUCACCGACGCAAUGAAGCGCAACCACGCGCUCGUGCAGCAAGCGUUCGCCGGCACGGACCUCGCAGAAGAUUUCUCCAAGGAGAAGCAAACGACCAUCGCCGACGAAGACGACAAGGUGGUCGACAACACGCUUCCGGGGUGGGGCAACUGGGCGGGCGAGGGGGUGAGCAAGCGGGAGAAGGCAAAGGGGAAGGGACGGUUCCUGACGAAGGUGGAGGGGAUCCGGCCGGAGGCGCGGAAAGACGCGCGGCUGAAGAACGUGAUUGUGAACGAGAAGCGGGUGAAGAAGAACGCGGCGUAUCUGGCGUCGACGCUGCCGUUUCCGUUCACCGACAGGGAUGAGUACGAGCGGAGCAUUCGAAUGCCGAUGGGGAGGGAGUGGUCAAUGGACAAGCCGAAGCCGAGGGUUAUGGUCAAGCCUGGGAAGGUUAUUGCGCCGUUGGAGAAGCCUCUUUUGUAGGAUUUUAAGGCUGCUAGGAAAAGUACAUCAAUAUAUCAAUGAUAAUGGACCAAGCCGUCCGGACUAGGGAAUAUUCCAAAGCAAUUUCU